AUGUCUGACUUAGGAAGAAAAGAUCUCGGUGACAAAGUUGAAAGCAAGGUCAAACCAGACUCUCAAAAGUCUACUUUUGAACAAGCUAAGGACAAGGUUACUGACGCUGUUGACAGCUUGGCUGGUAAGGGAACUUCAGAAAAUGACAAGUCUGCUACUCAAUCUGCUUCUGACGCUGUCUUUGGUGACAAAUAG